CGACAUUUUGUCAUGACACGUGAAAUCAAGUCCGUUCCGAUGUGAAACCGGAAAUCCAACGUGCACUCGUUUUUAAUCACUACUAUUUCCGUAGGAUGGAGGACGCUUGGACCCACUUGGGCCCGCUGCAGUGGGCCACUUUCGUCGACAAAGAGCUCCGAGUGACGGCGGGAACGGAGGCGCGACAGUUCGAAGGGUGGCUGCUCACCGUCGACCCGGUCUCCGCAAGCAUGGUUCUGGUCACCUUUAGCGCGGCGGGCGGGGCCGGCAUCCAGGUGGUGACGGGUCACGCCGUGCGGCACGUGGAGGCGCUACAGGAAGGCGACGUCGCCACGACCCGCCGUCUGCGCUCGCUCUUCCCCGCGCCCGAGGCCGAAGGGCCGGACCCGCGGCGACGUGCCGCCGUUCGCCGGUGGCUGGAGGAGAACCGCGUGCCCGUGGAGGAGCGUGGCGACCGACUCCGAGUGGCCGGCGCGCUGACUGUGGUGGCGCCUUACGGGCCCGACGACUGCAGCGGGACCAACCAGAUCGUCCUGGACCGAAUUCAGAAGCUGCUGGAGCGACACAGACGGCAGGAAGCGGCGGCGGCGGCGGAACGACGGGAAGUCGACGUCGCUUCCUGAAGUCCUCUCGAGUGCCCCCCUUUGUGUCCUUAAUCAAAUAAAAAGUUGCGCUUGACCCACUUUGAGGGGAACCGGUCCUCCUUGGUCGACGGAAAAAACGGGGAUGUGCCCAUUAGUCUUUGGGUAGCUCACAAAAUCAAGUCCCAAUUUGAUACGUCGGCGACGCGCAUCCAAAUCGGCUCAAUUAUUUGUGUAACCGUCCAAAAAUAAAUUUGCAGAUUCAUCAAUUGGGGAAAAUCAUGGGAAUUUGCAACUCUCGCCACAAGUCGGCAGUGGUUCUAAUCGGGAAAACAAAUUCUAUUUCAUUCUUCACUUCCGCAAUUAUAAAAAUGGGGAAAUCACUUUUUUUUUUUUUCCCCAGGUGAUGCAGAAAAGCUAAAAAAAAAAGCGUGAUUACAACUGACCAAUCAAAUUUGCAGCCCCCCC